AUGCCCUUUGUCCAGAUGGAGAAUAUUGCCAUGUUCCUGGGGGGCUGCGAAAGGCUCGGAUGUCCGAAGCAUGAUCUUUUCCAGACAAUCGACCUGUAUGAGAACAAGAACCCAGGACAAGUGGUCGAUGCCAUCUGGUCUCUUUCACGGCAUGCCGCAAAAGCCGGCUGCGACAUACCGAUUCUGGGACCCAAGCUGUCUGACAAACAUGAGGUGGAGUUCUCGGAGGAGGUGCUGAAUGCAGGAAAGACGGUUAUCAACACCUAUCAAUACGGUUACAGUGGCGGCGCCAACUUGUCAGGUCAGCGGUCAGGACGUCGUGAGAUUGGAGGCGUUGAUCCUGGACGUACGCAGUCUCCUUAG